UGUGUCCAACAUAUUGUAAACAGUGUUACCAUUUGUAUUGGAUAAAGAACUUCCCCACGACACAUGCUGGGCAUUGAAGUCCCCUAACACUAUAAAGGGUUUAGGAAGUGAGGAAAGAAUAUUAUGUACCUCAUUAUAUAUCUGAGAAGAGGGAUGUGGAAUAUAAAUAGAAACAAAACAGAUAUUUUUGAUAAUUGCAGCUACAACAGAGAAUUACGCUCCUGCAGUUCCACUGGAGAACUUUGGAAUUUAGGUCCAUUAUGGAGUGUUUUAGAGAUUUGUGCAAGAGAAUCAAUGAGAGCUGCGUUGGACGGUGGAAUUAAGUUUGACUGCGAAAGAAUCGACCUAAAGACACAGGAUGCAAAGAAACCCCAUCAUCAGGCGAUGUCAGCUUAUGCUGGAUGUGUAAUGUGUAAGGAGCUGCAUCAGAACUAAUAUAAGUCCUCCGAGCAAUUUGAGACUGUGGAGAGUGGUUGUCAGCGACAGUUGAAAUAUUUUGUGACGCAACAGUUUCAUUAAAUAAAGGCAAAGAGAUAUUCUGA